AGCACAUAGGGAGACGCGCCUGGCAGAGAGCCGCUCUGGCACGCAACUGAAAUUUAUCCCACUACAUGAGGAAAGACAUCAACAAGACAUCUCGGUUACGGGGCUGGAAUAAAUACGAUUGGAUUUUUUUAUUUACUGAAGUGUCUUGAGUUUGCGUAAAUCUGAUUUGGAGACGUCGCUGGCAGUCCUCAACAAGUGAUGCUUCCCUGCCCGGUGACUUCAACGCCGUUCUCGGUGAAGGAUAUAUUAAAGCUGGAGCAACAGCAGAACUAUGUUUUUAAUCAGCAAGCGACCUUGCCGGAACUAGAUGUCCCUCCGAUGCAGUCUCUCCAGUGUAUGCACAACGCGCUCAGCCGAAGUCUGGAUUUACUGUACAGCCCGGACAAGCCAAACUUCACCGCCGGUGAACAGCCGAGAUGCGGAAUGAACUCAGAUGAUGACAUGCUCCGAGGCUGUGGUUCCCCGACGGAGGAUGAGGCUGAUCUAACUGAAGACUCAGGCGCAUGUGGAAACGACAUUUUGAAUGGCAAAAUCAGGAGCGAUGACGGCAGGCCGAAACAGAGGCUGCGUCGGAAGCCGCGCGUGCUGUUCUCCCAGGCGCAGGUGUUGGAGCUCGAACGGCGCUUCAACCAGCAGCGCUACCUCUCUGCGCCAGAAAGAGAUCACCUGGCUACCCUGUUGAAGCUCACUUCUACCCAAGUAAAAAUCUGGUUCCAGAACAGACGGUACAAGUGCAAAAGACAAAGGCAAGACAAAACACUGGAGUUGGCCGGCCACCCGUUACCUCCUAGAAGAGUUGCAGUGCCAGUAUUAGUGCGAGAUGGAAAGCCCUGUCUUGGCGCUACGCAUGCGACACCAUACAAUGUUACAAUGGGCUCAUAUACGUACAACACUUACUACAGUGGUUACGGCAACAAUCCGUACAGUUGCAAUUACGCAGGUGUGUCGCCUUUGGUGAAUACUGCGCAAAAUCCUAUUGCUGAUCUGAGCCUGGCAAUGAGUAAUACAGAAGGGCCCAUCAGCCAGCAAGGACCCUUUCAAAGCUCUCUCCCGGGUAUCAGGGCAUGGUGAGAGCUGCGCAACAUAAACACCAUAUCAAUAUCAUGAAGAACAAAUUAUUGCAAAGCUCCGCAAUGGACAUAAAUGUUAGGUUUGCAGUGAAACACUGUACCAUCCUGACCCGAACCCCGACCUUAUGAAUAGACUAUGCCUAUCAAUUUUGAUUCAUAACGUAUUAUUGUUUUGUUAAUUAUUACAUUUGUAUUUCCAGCCAUUUAGACUGACACGUACGGGCCUGGCCUUCUGAUAUUGUCAACUAAAAAUAUAAAUAUUUCUUUUUUCAUUUUUCUUUUGAUAAACAUUUAAAAAAAAUGUCCGUCUUAAUAAACGGUAUACUACAAAGCAUUAUUUUCGUAAUAAAAUGUGAAAAAUGUGGGAAAGGAUGUGCGUAAUUUGUUUUAUCAAUGUUCUACAUUUUGCUAAGAACACAUUCAUUUUAUGGUUAUGUUCGUACAGAUAUUCUGCAGAGAGUCUAAAUAUGGUCAUUCUAUAACAAAACACAGGCGAUACAGCCUAGCCUAUACAUACCUUCCCCGCUUUUUAAAUCUUAAUGGAAAUCAAAUGGGGUGUUAAUGAUUGUUCCAUGGACCAAACAAGCUAAACAAUGGCUGUGACUGACUCAAUCAGAUUUAGAUAAGAUGCCAGAUCCUGUCUCAUCCUGGACCGCUGAGUAGGGUAAAUAAAGCAGCAGACAGCGCGUCUCUACUCUGCAGCGUGUCUUUC